UUUUCCAAACCCACCGUUUCUGCUUGAACCCACCGUUUCUCUUCCUCCUCACGCCGCCGUCGACGUCGCUGCCUUCGCCUCUGUCGCCGCCUCGUUCCCCGAUCCGCCUCCUGUCCUAGCCGUCGCUCUAUAGUGAUCGGAGCAGCGGAGGGCUUCGUGCCUCCAUCUCGGCAGCCACUGUCGCCUCUCGCCAUUUCUGUCAACGUUGUCAUCACGCUGCCAACGCUCCACAGCAGCAAGAACGAUUAGAUCUUCGAUUUAGGGCCUUGGACUACAAGAAUACAAGAUGUCUGCAGGUUUCGACCUAGAAGAUAUUGAACAACGAUUAAGAAACUUUCGUCUUGCAAAGGGAAAGGGGGCUGCCACUUCUCAAGUGCCACAAGCAACUCAAGCAGCGGUAACCCAGCCACUCUCCAAUGAGGGUAUUGAAACAACAGAUCACAGUUAUCAAAGGGCAGGGCGAAGUAUAGACCCCAUUGAGGAGCGCAUCAACAAGUAUUUGCAAAAGCCGAUUGUCUUGCCAGAGAUACCUGAAGAGUUUGCUAAAUUUGACUCAAUAACUGCAGAUCUUAGACCUGUCAAGUAUGACUUCCCUGAUAAUGCACUAGCUGGACAGGCCGGCAUCACAUUGGAAAGGUAUACAGUCGAGGAGGUUGCAAUAUUAGGACGCACAGUCAUCCCCAUGAUAUCAUCUGGAUUUAGCAAACGUGGUGCUGCAGCUCUCUUUCCGUUAGCAUACAACCUAAAAGCCCCGAGAGUGAACUCUACAGGCGAGUAUGUAUUCCCUGAUGUUGAGAGGAUCAUAACCAGUAUAGCAGACGAAAGGUACGACGAGUACCCUGAGGAGAUGAUAUCCAGACAAGGCCCUUUUGAGCCAAUAACUGCCACAGUUGACGUAGAGGAGGAGUCAGCCGUGUACUCAUAUUUGGCUUGCUCCAUGUUGAGAUUGUUCACCAAGCCUGUAGCAAACUAUAUCAAAGCAUGGAAUCGUAUAACCGACGGGUAUGCCAAAUUUUACAGAAAACAAGUUGGCAUGCGGUUGCCGACACCUACAGAGGCAUCUAUGAGAGGGUUAUCAAACUGGUUUGCCGUGGACCCGAGAGCCAAGGUCACUCUUUAUAGAAUCCUGUGGUUGGGCAACUCGGCAGAAGAGUACAUGGGGUUCAAGAAGUUCCUCUAUGACAUGCACCUGACUUAUACAGGGAUGCAUAUUGUUGAUAUACUGCUACAGCUCUGCGAACAACUAAACUGUAGCCCCGGAGUUGUGCUAGCCUUAAUCAAUUGCAGAGAAACGGAAAGGCAAGUUCAAUGUCUUACUCACCUCCUCAAGAUUUUGGCAGACACUGGAGAAUGCCACAAGAAGAGAAUGUGGCGUUAUGGAAGAAUCUUUGAUGAGACGUUCAUGGCUGAUCUGCAAACGAAAGCAUGCCCGAAGCUGGUGUACAUCAUGGCAUCUGCGUUGCAGAUGGUGGCACCAGAAAGACACAGUGGCAUUUUGAAGAUUGCACAGCUAGCUGAUGUCAGUGACGAGAACAAGAAGAAGUGCAAUAUUGCUGCAAAACAAAUGCUCCAGUCCAUCAAAGAGCGUCUAUGAUGUCUUCCGAAAUAAAAAUCUUCAAGCAAUUGACGUAAAGAUGGUAGGAAUCUUCAAGCAUAAUGAGAAUAAAUUACUAUGUAUAGUGGAGAGCAGAGCUACUACUAUGUGGUGGAGAAUAGUUAAGUAAUAAUAUAUGGAUUAUUAUCUUUUCUUCUGCUUAAAUCGAGCGUGUUGUAACAGUUACAAUGUGUUGAUUUUGUCAAGGAAAAAAAUAAGAGAGAUAAUGAGAAUAAGUUAUUACUGUA